AUGGAGAUAUUCAGAGACGAAGAAGAGCGAACUUUUUCGACAUUAGCAGCUAUUAUUUAUGCCUUUCAGACAUAUGACCCUAUGCCCACUCACUUACAUAAGACGAAAACAAAGAUUAUGAGCGCUGCUAAGCUAAUCUUAGAGACACGAUUUUCAUUUUCAACUAUAGUUGAAAACUUUCCAACUAUACAAAAAUAUCUUUGUGUUUGGCUCAGGGAUCUUAAUAUGUUAAAUUCAUAUCAAAUAAUUCUUCUAGAAAGUGUUUCUUUAAUAUUUGACUGCACUACAUCUAGCUUCAGGAUAUGUACAAUCGAAGGAGGUUUCCCGCAUUUGAUCGUACAUCUUUAUGACAGACUAAAAGGCUAUCAAAAGUUUUUAAAAGAUGCAGUACUAGACAGUUUUUUUGCAGACUUUGACUACACUUUCAAGACUGCAUACAAUCUUGCAAAUUGCUCUUUGUAUAGGUACGACGAAGUGCAUUAUGUAUCGAAAGAUGCAUACUCAUUAGUUGCAUCUGAGAAAAUAAAUCCUGCAGAUGUGAUUAAAAGAGAAUAUUUCAAGCUUUCAAUUCCGAAAUUUAACAUAUCUGAAAUAUUAAUUGAGAUUUUCCAUCUACUCCAUGGAUUAGCUUUUUUUAAGGUGAAUUCUGGUAGUUUAUCUGAUUCAACAGCUUUAGUCGAAACCGUCUUUCGUAAUAUUUCCGAAGGUGAUUAUCAGAUCUUGGAAUUGGGAAGAAGUUUAAUGUUUCCAUUGCUAAGGACCGGAGACUUUAAAGUCUGUAGUAUUGACGAUGCGGGGGCUGUACUAACCUUUACAGAAGCAAAUGAUGUAAGAUUAGAAAUAUGUAGCCUGGAUGAAACCUCAUGGGUAACGCAAUGGAAAUCGUGUCUUCAAAAUCAUGAUGAAAAAGCAGCUAAUGACAGUUCGUUCAUCAAAACCCAUAUGGAAUUCAACGGUGGAAACGAUGUGGAUAAAUAUAAAAAUGGAUUAGGAUUGAUUGUAAAAAACAAAGAUUUGAUAGAGGGUUCUAUGAUAGCUCCCACAACUUAUAAAAAUUCCCAACUUUCCAAUGGCUGCUUGUUACAUAGGUCAAAACCACUGCAAAUACCCUUGUCAUCUGUUGUUCAAGAAAGGUUUGAUGAUGAUGAUUCUCUCUAUGAUUGUACAUCUGUUGAUGGGGAAAGUAGUUUUGGAUCCCUUAGUGGAUCAGAGAGUAUUAUAUCAGACUACGGUUUUCAUAUCAGUUCACCCACUAAUAAUCAGGCAUCCUCUUCUUUUUUAAAACACAAUCCAAUAGAGGUGGAAAUAACAGAUGAAAGUACGGUAAUAUCCGUGGAAAAUAUUCAAAUAAGUCGAUGGUCCAAUAAUUCAUGGCAGAAGGUUUCUCCACAUGAUUUGCAAAUUGGUAUCAUUCAAAUGCGUAUGGGAAAUUUCCUUAUAGCUUAUUGCCCUGGGUAUAAAAACCUUAAUCGGUUCAUAAUUCGCUUGUGCGAUGAUAUAAAAUGUAAACGAUCUACAGAUCAAGAUAUACAACUACUCGUCCCAUCCGAGACAAUAAUGUGUAACCUGACUGGCAUUUUAAAUAUUAGGUCGAGGGAUACCGAAAAGCUGCUUUCGGUAUUGAACUUUUACACUACAGACCAUCCGGAAACUAUGUCACACUCGAGCACCAUGGAUAAUAUAUCAAGUCCUCUUUCGUCCGUUUCGUCAGCAAUGGACUUGAAACUUUCAUUACAGAAAUGCUCUUCUAUAGCGAUACCCCAGGAGCUGACGCAGGACGUCACCAGUUAA